AUGUCGGACGAGGUUGCAGCUCUUGUGGUUGACAAUGGCAGCGGCAUGUGCAAGGCGGGUUUCUCCGGCGAUGAUGCUCCGCGAACGGUCUUCCCUUCCAUCAUCGGGCGGCCGAAGAUGCCAGGCAUCAUGGUCGGCAUGGACUCGAAAGACCACUUCGUUGGAGAUGAAGCGCAAGCUAAGCGUGGUGUCCUGGCCCUCAAGUACCCUAUCGAGCACGGCAUCGUGACGAAUUGGGACGACAUGGAGCGAAUAUGGCACCACACUUUCUACAAUGAGCUGCGUGUUUCACCUGAAGAGCACCCGGUUCUGCUGACAGAGGCGCCGCUGAACCCAAAGGCCAAUCGUGAGCGCAUGACUCAGAUCAUGUUCGAGACGUUUGGAGUGCCGGCGAUGUAUGUCGCCAUCCAGGCAGUGCUGUCGCUGUAUUCCUCCGGCAGGACGACCGGCAUUGUCAUGGAUUCGGGAGACGGCGUCUCUCACACCGUGCCUAUCUACGAGGGCUAUGCGCUUCCACAUGCAAUCGCACGCCUGGAUCUAGCUGGCCGAGACCUUACCGAAUACUUGAUGAAGAUCAUGAUGGAGAGUGGCUACUCCUUUAGCAGCAGCGCCGAGCGCGAGAUCGUGCGGGACAUCAAAGAGAAGCUUUGCUACAUCGCGCUGGACUUCGACAGCGAGAUGAAGUCUGCAGCGGAGAGCAGCGACAAGGCGAAGACGUACGAGUUGCCAGAUGGGAACAUCGUCUCCUUGCAAAGCGAGCGGUUCCGCUGUCCGGAGGUGCUGUUCCAGCCCAGCUUGGUGGGCAAGGAGGCGAUGGGAAUCCACGACACCACCUUCAGGUCCAUCAUGAGCUGCGAUGUGGACAUCCGCCGCGACCUCUAUCAGAACGUGGUUUUGUCCGGUGGCUCCACGAUGAUGCCGGGCAUCGGCGAGCGCAUGACCAAGGAGCUUUGUGCCCUGGCGCCUUCCACCGUGAAGGUGAAAGUCAUCGCACCUCCUGAGAGGAAGUACAGCGUGUGGAUCGGUGGCUCCAUCCUCUCGUCGCUGAGCACCUUCCAGCAGAUGUGGAUCUCGAAGGCAGAGUAUGACGAGAGUGGGCCCAUGAUCGUCCACCGCAAGUGGAGCACCCGAAGGAGCACAGAGGUUGCUUCGGGUGUCAUUGCCGCGGUGGCGCCAUCUGUGGCCACGGCGGGUUUCUCCGGCGAUGAUGCUCCGCGAACGGUCUUCCCUUCCAUCAUCGGGCGGCCGAAGAUGCCAGGCAUCAUGGUCGGCAUGGACUCGAAAGACCACUUCGUUGGAGAUGAAGCGCAAGCUAAGCGUGGUGUCCUGGCCCUCAAGUACCCUAUCGAGCACGGCAUCGUGACGAAUUGGGACGACAUGGAGCGAAUAUGGCACCACACUUUCUACAAUGAGCUGCGUGUUUCACCUGAAGAGCACCCGGUUCUGCUGACAGAGGCGCCGCUGAACCCAAAGGCCAAUCGUGAGCGCAUGACUCAGAUCAUGUUCGAGACGUUUGGAGUGCCGGCGAUGUAUGUCGCCAUCCAGGCAGUGCUGUCGCUGUAUUCCUCCGGCAGGACGACCGGCAUUGUCAUGGAUUCGGGAGACGGCGUCUCUCACACCGUGCCUAUCUACGAGGGCUAUGCGCUUCCACAUGCAAUCGCACGCCUGGAUCUAGCUGGCCGAGACCUUACCGAAUACUUGAUGAAGAUCAUGAUGGAGAGUGGCUACUCCUUUAGCAGCAGCGCCGAGCGCGAGAUCGUGCGGGACAUCAAAGAGAAGCUUUGCUACAUCGCGCUGGACUUCGACAGCGAGAUGAAGUCUGCAGCGGAGAGCAGCGACAAGGCGAAGACGUACGAGUUGCCAGAUGGGAACAUCGUCUCCUUGCAAAGCGAGCGGUUCCGCUGUCCGGAGGUGCUGUUCCAGCCCAGCUUGGUGGGCAAGGAGGCGAUGGGAAUCCACGACACCACCUUCAGGUCCAUCAUGAGCUGCGAUGUGGACAUCCGCCGCGACCUCUAUCAGAACGUGGUUUUGUCCGGUGGCUCCACGAUGAUGCCGGGCAUCGGCGAGCGCAUGACCAAGGAGCUUUGUGCCCUGGCGCCUUCCACCGUGAAGGUGAAAGUCAUCGCACCUCCUGAGAGGAAGUACAGCGUGUGGAUCGGUGGCUCCAUCCUCUCGUCGCUGAGCACCUUCCAGCAGAUGUGGAUCUCGAAGGCAGAGUAUGACGAGAGUGGGCCCAUGAUCGUCCACCGCAAGUGGAGCACCCGAAGGAGCACAGAGGUUGCUUCGGGUGUCAUUGCCGCGGUGGCGCCAUCUGUGGCCACGGUGGUUGUAAUGACAUUGCAGCUGCCGAUUCAGAGUUCCACGAGUCAUGACAGCUUCAACUUCAGCUUCUGGCACGAUUUCCUCGCGCAGUGCACGGAGUUAGCUAUGUCGGACGAGGUUGCAGCUCUUGUGGUUGACAAUGGCAGCGGCAUGUGCAAGGCGGGUUUCUCCGGCGAUGAUGCUCCGCGAACGGUCUUCCCUUCCAUCAUCGGGCGGCCGAAGAUGCCAGGCAUCAUGGUCGGCAUGGACUCGAAAGACCACUUCGUUGGAGAUGAAGCGCAAGCUAAGCGCGGUGUCCUGGCCCUCAAAUACCCUAUCGAGCACGGCAUCGUGACGAAUUGGGACGACAUGGAGCGAAUAUGGCACCACACUUUCUACAAUGAGCUGCGUGUUUCACCUGAAGAGCACCCGGUUCUGCUGACAGAGGCGCCGCUGAACCCAAAGGCCAAUCGUGAGCGCAUGACUCAGAUCAUGUUCGAGACGUUUGGAGUGCCGGCGAUGUAUGUCGCCAUCCAGGCAGUGCUGUCGCUGUAUUCCUCCGGCAGGACGACCGGCAUUGUCAUGGAUUCGGGAGACGGCGUCUCUCACACCGUGCCUAUCUACGAGGGCUAUGCGCUUCCACAUGCAAUCGCACGCCUGGAUCUAGCUGGCCGAGACCUUACCGAAUACUUGAUGAAGAUCAUGAUGGAGAGUGGCUACUCCUUUAGCAGCAGCGCCGAGCGCGAGAUCGUGCGGGACAUCAAAGAGAAGCUUUGCUACAUCGCGCUGGACUUCGACAGCGAGAUGAAGUCUGCAGCGGAGAGCAGCGACAAGGCAAAGACGUACGAGUUGCCAGAUGGGAACAUCGUCUCCUUGCAAAGCGAGCGGUUCCGCUGUCCGGAGGUGCUGUUCCAGCCCAGCUUGGUGGGCAAGGAGGCGAUGGGAAUCCACGACACCACCUUCAGGUCCAUCAUGAGCUGCGAUGUGGACAUCCGCCGCGACCUCUAUCAGAACGUGGUCUUGUCCGGUGGCUCCACGAUGAUGCCGGGCAUCGGCGAGCGCAUGACCAAGGAGCUUUGUGCCCUGGCGCCUUCCACCGUGAAGGUGAAAGUCAUCGCACCUCCUGAGAGAAAGUACAGCGUGUGGAUCGGUGGCUCCAUCCUCUCGUCGCUGAGCACCUUCCAGCAGAUGUGGAUCUCCAAGGCAGAGUACGACGAGAGUGGGCCCAUGAUCGUCCACCGCAAGUGCAUCUAG